AUGGAUACCUUGUGUCUUGGAGCUUGUUUAGUAAAAUAUAAUAAAGUUAUGAAAGAAGCUGCAAACCAGAAUAUUUCCAAUAAUCUAACAGCUCCUUCUUUAUCUUUUAAGGAUUUACUGCAACUACUCCACUUAACCUGUUUAGAUUUACGAUUAGAUUCAAACGAUAAUCCCAAGCCAAGAGAAGAACCUAUUAACAGAAUAGACCAAGCAGCGCUAAAACACGAUAUUCUAUACAGAGAUCAUACAGACUUAGAAUCGAGACAUAAAGUGGAUCAACAAAUGAUUAAUGAAAAUCCUACUUUUAAAGAAAAAGUUGAAAGAGCUAUAGUCACAAGACUUUUAAAAUCAAAAAUCAAAUUAGGCAUGGGAAUAAAGAAUUCAGAAAAACUAAAAACUUAA